UGGCCGGCGGGCCGGGCCGUGCCGUGCCGUGCCGUGGGAGGGCUGGGGAGCUGCACUUUCGGUUUCUGAGUCCCCUGCAGCUGCUUCUGCGGUUUUGUUCCUGUUGCUCUCAGCCCAGCCCUGUUUCAAGGCCUUGGCUCCACUUCCUCGUCUCUCCGCUUCUGCUUUCGGUUUUCACUUCAGUCAGUGGUGAGCUCUCAGCUGGCCCUGACCCCUGCCCAGCGUCUAGCCCCCUGGUGCAGGGCUCCGGGAGCCCCGGGAUUCUGCUGCGAUGGGGACGAAAUAUGUGGAGGAGACGACGAAGAAAGCAGAGGAGCUGGCCCUGAAGCUGGCCGAGGCCAUCGAGAGAGGGGACAAGGAGCUGGCACUGGAGUGUGCUGGCUGGCUGGCCGAGCAGCGGGCGCCCGUGACGGUGCAGGUGAAGCCGGAGGCCUACCCCAAAAAGGAAAUCAGCUUGUGGGUGGGAGUGGAGGACGCCCAGAUGACCACAGUCCCCAUCUACCUGCAAGUCAAUCCUCAUAUGACUUUGGCUUCUCUGAAGGACAUGGUAUUCCUCCACUACGGCUUCCCACCCAGUGUUCAGCAGUGGGUGGUGGGCAAGAGGCUCCCCGGAGACCAGGAGACCCUGCACUACAACGGCAUCCAGCGAGAUGGUGACAUGGCCUAUCUCUACCUCAGGUCUGCCAAAGAGGCCAAGCUCAGCGAAGAGACAUUCCAGAGGGAGCGGCAGCGCCGAGUCCUGGCAGAACUGGGCUUCGGAGACAUCAGCCUGCAGCCUCGUGGGAGCCAGGAACCGGCGGACGCGGGGCUCGGAGCCGGGGCGCAGGAGCAGGACAGCCUGUGCAUGGAGGAGCUGAGGCAUGAGCUCUCGCAGGUGGAAGCCGCCCUGCCCCCUGAACCCCCCACGGUCGGCUGGGUCUGUCCGAGCUGCACCUACGUCAACAAGCCCACCCGCCCUGGCUGCGAGAUCUGCUGCAAGGAGCGGCCCGAGGACUACGCGGUGCCCACGGCUUACCAGCCGGACGAGGAGGAGCUGGCGAGGAUGAGGAACGAGGAGGAAGCCAUGAGGCAGUCCCAACAGGUGACAGAGCAGCAGAAGAUUGAGAACUACCAGCACAUCCUGCAGGUGGACAGGCAGAGCCUGGUGCCCGCCGCUGAAGUGAUCGAAUGUCCCAUCUGCUUUGUGACCCUGCAGCCUGGAAAGGGGGUGACCCUCCGGGAGUGCCUGCACUCCUUCUGCAGGUGGGUCGGCCCUAACCCCGGCCCCUCUCCCGCCCAGCCGGCCUGCGCCCGGGAGCCCUGGCCCUUUUCCCGCCCAGCCGGCCGGCCUCUGCCCCGGUUCCUCUCCUGUCUGGCUUCUGCUCUGGGAGCCCCGGACCCUCUCCUGCCCAGCUGGCCUGCACCCGGGAGCCCUGGCCCCUUUCCCGCCCAGCUGUCUGGCCUCUUCCCCAGCCCCUCUCCUGCCCAGCUGGCCGGCCUCUGCCCUGGUUCCUGUCCUGUCUGGCUUAUGCCCUGGAAGCCCCGGACGGCCUGUACCAGGGAGCCCCAGCCCCUCUCCCGCUCAGCCAACUGGCCUCUGCCCUGGUUCCUCUCCUGUCUGGCUUCUGCCCUGGGUGCCCCGGCCCCUCUCCUACCCAACCGGCCUGCGCCCGGGAGCCCCGGUCCCUCUCCCAUCUGGCCUCCACCCCGGGAACCCUGGCCCCUCUCCUGCCUGGCCGGCCUGUGCCCAAGAGCCCAGGCAUCCACCCUGGGAGCCUUACCUGCCUCAGACCCUCCUAGGCUUUGCCAGCUGCUUUGUGUCUCUGGGCUAGAGCGCCUGGUUGCACACCCCUGGCUGGAAGAGCUGCCCAGCUGGGCUGCGCUAAGACGGACAGAGCGUUCCCCCGGCUCACUUGCCAACAGGGAGGGCGUCGGCAGGGUGCCCCAUAUGGCCAAAGAUCGGUAGCCCGACAGGGAACUAGCCUGGUUGAAUCAUGUUAACAGGCUAUGCUCCUGCUUUAGCCUUCUUAGCCUGGCCCAGCUGUGUAGGGUGGAACGGACUGGCCUGGGCUACUCAAAAAUCUAUGAGGAUCCCAUCAGCUGUGGGGAGCAGGGGCUCUGCCAGACAGGAACCACUAGCAGGAAGGGAAAAGCAGUGUGUCAGGGCCCCUCCCCCGCCAUGGUGUUCAUCACAUCUUAACCCACCCCCGCGGGGCCCAGUCACGGGUGGGAUUGUGCUCCUGCUCGACCCAAAGGCUUCAAACUGACCCCUGAGUAGGAGAAAACGGGACUGGAGACGGUGUGCUGGGCGCUGACGGGCCCCCGUGCCGGAGCAGGGAUACAAUCAUCACCACCCUGUUCCAGCCUCUCUGCUACCCCCCUUCCAAGCCCUCAGCCCUGCUCGUUUAUGGGCACCUGCCAUCAAUUAGCCACCUACCUGCAGGGGCUUUAACUCCAGCCACUAACCCUCUGCAUGACAAGCUCCCACCCAGAGUGAUUGGAGAUGGGCAGGCACCAGUGGCUGUGCUGCCCAGCCGAAGGCUUCUAGUCCCUGGCAGCCAGUGCCCCCCGAUCAGCUGGGAGCUUGUUUCAGUGCAGCAGGGACCUAGUGAGGGAGAGCUAGGAGCCCCCUCCAGUGCUGUGUACCGUUCAGACCUGGGAUUGCUGGGGUGCCAGAUUACGUACAAGUCAGUCCCCCUUGGGGGGCCAGUCGCAGGUAGGUGGAAAGGAGCCAAUCGCUGUUGUAAUCUUCUCUGUACCCACCCAGGGACUGGGGGCCCCAGGCAGGCUGCGUACGCUCCCCUGGGUUAUCCAUGGGCCCGGUCUGCUGGUGGGAUUCUGCUCCUUAUCUCAGGCCUGGCUCUGCUGCUGCCUCGGUUGGCCCCUAGGUGACCCCAUCCAGCUCAGUCUUCAAGCAGCUUGUGCCUUGCUUGUGUCUCCUCUGACCCCUGGCUCCCUCCAGGGACUGUCUGAAGGGGACGAUACUGAACAGCCUGGAGCCUGAGGUGCCCUGCCCGUACA